AAAUGGCGGAUGCGAGGAGGAAUGUCAUUUGUUCUAAGUUUUAACUUAGUUUUAAUUGUCGAUAUAUAUUGUGAAUUCCUCUACGAUGGCGACCAGGAGUUUAAGUGAUGUCUACUUUAACCUUCGUACGGAGAUCAGUCGGUUUAAGGCGUAUUCAUUGGGAGAUUCUGGCGUAUGUACCGCUAAUAUCAGGGAUGAUGAUACAGUGGCACUUGUACAAAGAGUUGAUCCUGAAAUAGGUCACCAAGUACCUAUAAACACAUUGCCCCCCCAAUGGAUUGAUUUCGUAGAGGAGAUACAGUAUGAUAUAACCAGGAUCAAGCAAAGAAUGACGGACCUAUCAACACUUCAUGAUAGACAUCUAAACAGACCCACACUAGAUGACAGUAUUGAUGAAGAACAAACUAUCGAAAUAACUACCAAAGAAAUUACUCAGAUGUUUCAUCAGUGUCAAAGUGCAAUUCAACGCAUGGGCAAACAAAGUAGAGGAGCAAGUAAACAAGAACAGCGCAUUUUAAAAAACGUUAUAUCAUCAUUGGCUGUUAGUCUUCAAGAUUUGUCUACAAACUUUAGGAAAAGUCAAUCUUCUUAUUUAAAAAGAUUGAAGAACCGAGAAGAGAGGGAGCGACAGUUUUUUGACACUGGCCUGCCAUCAACAAGUAGUGCUUUGAUGAAUGAAGAUGUCGUAGGGGAUGAUGAGCUUUAUGACAGGGGCUUUACAAGUGAACAGAUGAGACUGGUUGAGGAUAAUACAGCAAUUAUUGAACUAAGAGAAAAAGAAAUUCAGUCUAUAGUGCAGUCAAUAUCAGAAUUAAAUGAAAUCUUCAGAGAUCUUGCAACAAUGAUCGUGGAGCAGGGCACAAUAUUGGACAGAAUAGAUUAUAAUAUUGAACAAGCUUCUGUUAAGGUUGAGCAAGGACUUGAGCAACUUAAAAAGGCUGAACAGCAUCAAAAAAGUUCAAGAAAGAUGUUGUGUAUCAUCUUGAUAUCUGUGAUUUUAAUUAUUCUAUUGGUAGCAUUGGUUAUCACAAAAUCUUGAUGGCAUGAGUCACCCAUUAAUCGUAUUGAAAGAAAGACCUAGUCUGAUAGACAUUAAUUUUUAAUAUUAAUUAUUUUUCCCUAAAUAGUUUUUUUUUUUUUUGUUAUUUAAUUUGUUUCAUGGGUUAAAUGUAAUAACUCAAGGUGAAUUAUUAUUUUAACAAAAUAACUGUGAGUUCAAAGGAACUGAUAAAAAUUUUGAUAUGAAUUAAGCAUUUUUCUAAAUAAUGUGAAAUCAGUAAUUUUUGUUAUUCUCAAAUGUUGAAAUUCAGAUUUGCUUCUAUUAUCAUUUAGAUUAUUUAGAUUAUUGAUAUUUUAUAUUGUAAUUGAUAAUCAAGAAGGGACCAAUUCCUAUUAUCAAUUUUUUGAUCUAAUACACACACACACACACACACAAACACACACACACCUACACAUUUUCAAAAAAGUCAUUGGAACCAAAGGAAAUAAGCAAUAGGAGAUAUUCCAUUAGUCAAGAAUAGCUGGAAUGACCUGUGAGUUUUUCUUAUUCUCAUCCAAAACGUGGAGGUUAGUGUUGAGACAUAUUCAUUUGUUUCUAUCUAUCUCCUUUGGCUCUGCUAAAUAAUUCUUGUCAAGAAAAUUGAGGCUUAGCUUGUGUUGAGAUAUCCAGCUAGUGUUGCUAGUAAAUGAAACGGAGAGGAAAUAAGCCAUUUGAAGCACCUUGAUUAUUUAUGUGGAUGCAUGUCCAUUAUUCCUUUCGUUCUUGGAAUGACAUAAGUAUUGCCUAUCACCACAGAUCUCCUUUUGCCUCUGACACCUUUUGUUUUAAAUAGGUGUCCUUGUCUGAAUAGUCUUGCAUGCGUAGUGCAGCAGAUGUAUAUAUUAUAUAAUAUAGAUUAACACUAUUAUAUAUGGGCUUGCAUGUUUCAUAACUUUACAGCUAUACAUGAAUGUAUGAAGAAGUUACUAUUGGUAAAAUGUAAGAACAGGCCCCAGAUGCCCUGUUGUGGUGGAAAAAACUAUGCUCUUCUGUUGUCUAACUCUUUUCAUUAUUUCUUCAAAACUCAGUAGUUUUACAUCCAUGUGCUUCACCUAUCCCAUAAUAAUCUAAGGGGUGACGCAGGGCUCUGAAAUUAUAAUUUAUCUCAAUCACAGGGUUUAUUAUUAGAAUUACUCUAGAUUCGUGGAAAAUCCACGACACCUGUCAACCAAUAUUGCCUGGCCUGGUCUCGGGGGUCCGAAAGGGGGUUCACUUAACUAGUGCAUCAUUAUGUAUAAUGAUUAUUAUCAAUUAGGGGUGCAAUAAUGCAUGAAAAAGGUAACUACUAAAAACUAUACUUUUCUAAAAAUCUUGCAAAGUAUUCACAACAUUUGAAUUAAUUUGUGCCUAAGAAUGACUAUAUCUACAAUUAAUAGCAARGGCACAAGUCAAUUGUAUGUUUCACUAUUUUAAGAUUGUCAUUGAAAGAUGAAAAAUGAAAUAAAGAACAUUACUGGAGUUUUUACAA